AUGUACAAGACCGUCGAUGAUGAGUUGGACCGUUUGGAGACCGCUGGAAUCAUCACACCAGUCAAGCAUUCGGAUUGGGCAGCACCGAUCGUUGUCGUCAGGAAGGCAAGCGGAGCAAUAAGGAUAUGCGGCGACUACUCAACAGGGUUGAAUGAUGCACUUCAGCCGCACCAGUACCCACUUCCGCUGCCGCAAGAUAUCUUCGCAAAGCUGGCCAACUGUAAGGUAUUUAGCCAAAUAGAUCUUUCUGACGCAUUUUUGCAGGUCGAGGUACAAGAAGAGUCUCGAGAGAUGCUAACCAUCAACACGCAUCGGGGACUCUAUCGUUAUAAUCGACUUCCACCCGGUGUUAAGGCAGCGCCCGGGGCAUUUCAGCAGCUGGUGGACACCAUGCUGGCUGGACUCAAACGUUCAUCAGGGUACCUCGACGAUGUUCUAGUGGGUGGGAUGGACGAAGAAGAUCAUCAACGCAAACUUCAAGCCGUCCUCCGUGAAUCCAGGAUUACGGGUUUACCAUCAAAGAAGAGAAGUGUUCGUUUGGCCAGCGCCAGAUCAAAUACCUGGGGUACCUCACGUGUCUGGAGUACGUGA